GUCUGGCUCCCUUCUACUGCGGGCGGUUGCCGAUGGGCUUUAUCGUCAUCUUCCUUGCCUUCUUCUUCCUUUCUCGUCAUCUUGCUUGUCUUCUUAUUCUUCUUUAUGGAGCCAUCCUUCAUUUCCUUACUCUCUCUUUAUAUACCGGGCAUCAGACGCCUUCAUUCUAAAUUCAAUCCUCCUUAAUUAAGCAGCAUUCGCCAAUUCGAAGAUGAUCGUUAAUGGCGUCGAUGGUGACCCUAAACCAACUCACUUUGUCCUGGUUCCCUUCCUGGCGCAAGGGCACGUGAUCCCCAUGACCGACCUCGGACUCCUCCUCGCCUCUCGCGGAGCCACCGUCAGCCUCAUCACCACUCCCGUCAACGCCGCGCGCAUCAGAACCACCAUCGACCGUGCCGCCGCCGCCGGCCUCCCCAUCCGGUUCGUCGAGCUCGACUUCCCCUGCGCCGAAGUCGGCAUGCCGGAGGGCUUCGAGAACGUCGACGUCUUGACGACGCACAAGCAGAUACAGUACGGGCAAGACUUCUUCAAGGCGGCCGCCCUUCUGCAGCGGCCGCUGGAGCACUACAUCGAGCAGCAAUCGCCGCGUCCCAGCUGCAUCAUCGCCGACCUCUGCCAUCCCUGGACGCGCCACGUCGCGCGCAACCUCCGGCUCCCUCGGCUCACCUUCUUCAGCAUGUGUUGCUUCACCCUGCUGUCCUUCCACAACAUUUGGCGUUUCAAGGUGUUGGACGGCGUCAAGGACGACAAGGAGCCGUUCGAGAUUCCAGGGCUGGAGCAGAGGAUCCUGGUGACCAAGGCGGAAGCGCCGGGGAUGUUUGGCGAAUGGGAGGAGAUGGCGGAGGAGGUUCGCCAGGCUGAGUUCGAGGCCGAUGGCAUCGUGGCAAACACCUUUGAGGCCAUGGAGGCAGCCUACAUCGCCGGCUAUGCCGAGGCGAUGCAGAAACAGGUGUGGAGCGUAGGGCCAUUCCUGCUCGGUUGCACUCCGGCCUUCAGCGAUAAGGCUGCCAGGGGGAACAGGGCGGUCGUCGACGUCCCGCAAUGCCUGAGCUGGCUCGACUCGAAGGAGGCCAUCUCCGUGGUUUACGUCAGCUUCGGCACCCUGACGAACAUGAAACCGGCGCAGCUGAUGGAGAUCGGAUCGGGGUUGGAGGCUGCUGGACACCCGUUUGUGCUGGUGAUCAAGGACGGCGAGAGGAGCCGAGAGGUAGAGGAGUGGGCGGCGGAGUUGGAGGAGAAGGUCGGGCCGUCGAAGGCGUUGCUGAUCAGGGGAUGGGCGCCGCAGGCGGUGAUACUGUCGCACCCGGCGGUGGGGGCGUUCAUCACGCACUCCGGGUGGAACUCGACGCUGGAGAGCAUCACGGCCGGCGUGCCGAUGAUAACGUGGCCUCACUUCGGGGACCAAUUCCUCAACGAGAGGUUGACGGUGGAGGUGCUCGAGAUCGGGGUGUCGCUGGGGGUGAAGGUGCCCAUGUCGUGGACUGACCUCGAAGAGCAGGGGCCGGUUGUUCCGCGGGACGCGGUGGAGGAGGCGGUGAGGAGUUUGCUGGACGAUGGCCACGAGAAGGGGAAGAAGAUGAGGGAGAGAGCGAGGGAGCUGAGGGAGAAGGCCAAGGAGGCCAUGGCCAAAGGGGGCUCUUCGUACCUAAACAUGGCGCAUUUGAUCGAACAAUUCGCACAGAAUGACAAGAAGAGGGAAGAAGUAAACGGAGAUUAAAAGGAAGAACAGCAUUAGCGAGUCAAAUUUUACUCCGAAAUUGAAAAAGAAAGAGGAUGAAUUGCUCAAGAAUUCGUAAUAAAAUCAUGGAUUUAGCAAAAAGUUCUUCUUUGUUCCAAGUAAAAAAAAGUAAUCCAU